UAAUUGUUUAUUAAAUAAUUAAUUAUAAAUAUUUAAAUAUUAAUUAACGAGUAAUUAAUUCUCAUGGAAUGAUAAAUUUGAAUUUUAAUUAAACAUUGUACCUUGGCUGCAUUUUUAUUUUAUUACUUAGAACUCAUUACGUUCAUUAUUAAACAUUGCCUUUUGAAAAGGCGAUCUACUAACUGGAAAUUAAAUACAGGGAAGACAGGGAAAGAGAAAAGUAUGCUCCUAGGUGAUACUAAUAUUCUGAAUUAAUGAGGUUGAAAAAGAGAUAUAGAUAGAGGGAAAGAGUGAAGGGAAAGGUCAUCUGGAAACAAUUUUUUCAUUCUUAAACAUGCAUGCUUAUAUACCAUACUCGUUAUCUAAUACAUGAACAUCUUUAUAAAUAGAUAUGAAUCGUUCAUCGAUUGUUGUUACUUCGAAGACAUUUGAUUAUGUAAUGGGCGUUUGGAUUCCAACAAUUACAUGCUGCUUAGGAAUCGUUGGAAAUGCUCUUUCCCUGGCUACAUUAUCAUUGGAGAGAGUUAAAAGGGCCAAUACUUAUUCCCUAAUGGCUCUUGCAUGUGCGGAUUUAGUACUACUUUGUUUUGCUCUUAUUCAACAAGCUAUACCGAUGUUAUGUCAGAGAUCUAAAUCUACCAGUGAUUUUUGUAGAUUUCAAGGCUAUUUAAGAGUCUAUAGUUGGCCUAUUAUUUGUAUGGCGCAAACAGCGUCAAUUUAUCUAACGUUAUUAAUUUCGGGCGAAAGGUAUCUAGCAAUUAAGAAUCCUUUCAAUCUCUGCCAAUUAUCUAAAGUAUGCCGUUAUAUUAUUCUCAUAUUGGUCUUUUCUAUUCUCUUCAACGUACCAAAAUUCUUUGAAUUUAAAACGGUAACAAUUGAGAAAUUCAAUACAACGUUUAUCGAAAUGAAUCAGACAAUGUUAAGGGAGAAUAGCAUUUAUAGGUACGCCUACAACACCGGUUUGUAUGGUUUAAUUAUGUACGCAAUACCGCUUGUCUCUCUAUCAAUUCUCAACGUUCAAAUUGUUGUAGCUCUGAGUAGAGCCAAAAGAGAAUGGGCAUUUUUAAAUAGGCAUCAACAAAAAGAGAUGAAAGCCACCAAAGUUCCACUUUGUAUAGUUAUUGUGUUUAUCAUUUGUGGAACGCACAACUUUCUAUCAUUUACCUUUGAUGCAAUAUACAUCAACUAUAGAAAAUAUAAAUGGCUUCAAAUUUAUACGGCAGUUGGUAACGUGUUGGUUGUUUUAAAUUCCGCAAUUAAUUUUCUCAUAUUUUAUACUUGCGGAGCCAAAUUUCGGAAACAAUUUAAACAACUGAUUACUUGCAGAGGAAAAGACAUUAGAAAUGAUUUAAUAUCCAGGGAGAAGACUAUUCUACUUAAUUCUUUUAAAUCUGUUAAUAAUGCUACGGACACCGGCUGUCUAUAAAAGGAAAGAGAGGGGAACAAAUUUCAACUUUAUUUCAACAAGAGACAAUUAAUAGAAAACAUAAAAGAACUUAAAACAAAGAUACUAUCUGAUUGAGAAACGAUCGUAAUAUUUUUAUAUCAAUGAAUCAAUGUUGUCGCCUUAAAAUUCUUUGUAUGCCCAUCUAAUUCUUUCUUUUCAACUUUAAACUUGUUUAACUCCCUCCUUCCCCUCCGCUCUUCCUUCUUCUUCAUCUUCUUUAUGCUUAACCAUUUUCGUUGAAGAAUUGUGCUUUAUAUACGUUUUAAUCACUCUUCCAAAGGAAAUCAUAUGUUGCUGUGUAUUCUACUUAUAAUAUAAAGCUCCCCCUUCUAAUGUGUUUUUUUGAGAGUACUUAAAUUUAGUUAUAAGCGAUAUUUGCACGUUAUAUCUGAUACUGAUAAUUUAUACAUAUAUAUAUAUAUAGUUCACUUUGUUAUUCCUAUUUCAUAUACAUGCCGAAGAAAUCAAAAAAAAGUGAAAGAAAAUAUUCUACUUUGCCUUUUUGUUCUGGUUUUUUUUUAUAAAAGAAAACAUUUACCAUUUUCAUUUUCAUAGAGAAAAUUGAUAUAUGGCAUUAAGUUACGGACGAGUGAUGGAGAUAGCGUCUACUUUAUGAACAACUGUCUCCAUCUAUUGGAUUAUGGUUCGGAAAGAGUAAAGUAUAAAGCGACAGACGUAGGUGAUUUACAUUAAGAGAGAAUUCCUAGCGAGACGAACAAAGUUUUAACGUUGAAAGGUUUAUCCGAAGAUUUGCUAAUUUUCACCUAUACUUAAUGAAAUUUGAAAAGAGCUGCCUAUGUUUAUUUGUUUGUUUUUAAAGAGAAGAGAAAUAGAUAAAAUAGAAUAAAACUAACGGAAAAAAGGGCAGAGGAAAAAGGACAAGAGGAAAACAGCUGCUUUAUCCGCCGUAAAAAGUUACAGAAGAAAGAAACGAAAGGAAAGGAAGACAAAGAGAAGAAAAUGAUAGAAUAAUUUGAUAGAGAAUUUUUUAACUUUGAAGUUGAGCUAAUCAAUUCAUUGGGUAAAAUGAACUCUACUGACCUUGUCAACAAUGAUGCUGGAGGUUCUAAUAGUGAGAGGAAUCCAUGUGUCUAUUUCGAAUUUUUCGUUGGUACGAUACUUAUUGGGAGCCUCUGUCUAUUAGGAAUAAUUGGCAAUUCCGCUGCUUUCGUUAUAUUCAAUCGCCAUAAAACUGAAACUACAACUUUGUUUCUAUUAAAGGCUUUGGCAAUUUCUGAUUCGUUUCUCUUAUUGGCAUCAAUCAUUAUUUAUGUGCUUAAGCCAAUUCAUCUAUGGAAUGGAUCAUUAGAAGGGUUUUACAACAACUUUGAACAUGUACAGAAAUUCGUUUGGCCAGCGUCCAUGAUGUGCCAUACUACAACAAUCAUGCUAACAGUUCUGGUCACAUUUAACAGGUACAUUGCCGUUUGUAAGCCCUGGCAGCCUCUAAGCAAUCAACACACAAACCGGUGUACUUAUACGGAAGUCUUUGCUGUAGUUGUCUUCGCUUUUCUUUUCAACGUACCGAGAUACUUUGAACACCAUGUAAUCGAUAAAAAAAUAUCGAAUGACACCAAUCGAACGUCAACUAAUAUAAAUCUAGGAGACAAUAAGAUAUAUCAAUUGGUUUACUCUAACAUCCUCUACUUUCCUGUUAUGUACAUUGUACCCUUAAUCAGUUUGGCUUAUCUAAACAUAAAACUAAUACGGACCAUAAAAACUCUUAAUGAGAAGAGGCAAGUUUUAACCGGACAUAAAAUGAGCAACGAUGAUCAAAUAACAAACGUUAUUAUAGCUGUCGUUUUUAUCUUUAUUAUCUGCCAAACUCCCGCCCUUAUCAACCAAGUUCUGUGGUUAAUCUUCUCGCAGGAGGAUCGACAAUGUGGUCGAUUUCAUUUUUAUUAUACUCGACUUAGUGACGUCUUGGUUGUUACUAAUUCGGGAGUUAAUUUUAUUAUAUAUUGCUUAUUUGGUAAAAGUUUUCGGCGUCUAUUCUUUCAAACUGUAUGUCCUGGUCGAUCUUAUGGAACUCACAAAGUUCAACUUCGGGCUUGUGGAGCAACAGAGGAAAAUGAAGGUUUAACUGUAAAAAGUGCUAAUGGAGAACCGGAAGCAGUUGCCCUAAAAUCACUGUUGGUGGAAAGUAGUAAAUCGGCUAUAGUUCAGGAAUUGAAUACGGAUCAUGCUCAAGUUUAGCAAACAACUAAUUAAUUAACAACUCUCAAACAAUUCCCAAUACAAAAAAGUGGCAAAAUUGAAUACAUUCUCUUCUUUUGCUGUAUCAAUACCAAAGAAAAAAAGAAUAUCUCCAUCCUUCUUUACUGUAAUAAUUGUACAAAUAUGCAUAUUUCAACUUGUAUACGUUGGUAUGUAUAAUACGCUUGCGUAAACUUAUAAUAGAAAAUUGCCUACUUAAUAAUUUGUUACUUUAUUCUAAAAUUAGGCCUACUAGACAUAUCAAUUUAAUGGCAAAUAUUCAAUAUGCAUAAGUAAUAAAAACAUCUAUACGUAUGUGGGUGUGUGAAUUUGAAUGUUUGCUCAUGAAUGGAGUUGUAGAGGUG